AUGAAUAUGCAUAAUUACAAACCGGUUGGGCUUCUGCUCACUCUGAAUAUUUUGGUCAUUUUAUCCCUCUCUGGCGUUCUUUCCGAUGCCAAUUACAAUGAAAAGGUCUCAAGAGUUAAUUUUCUCUAUCCUGCAAUCAAACUGGUUCACGAUAUCGAAGUAAAUCCUGGACCUGGCCAGCGAACAAGAAACAAGAGCAACAAGGUCAAAAUCGCUCACCUCAACGUGAGAUCACUCAAGCAUAGAGAGCAUUUCAUACAAGUUAAGGAUACCGUUAUUUCCAACGAUUUUGACGUGUUUACUAUCUCUGAAACAUGGCUGGACAACUCCGUUUCUAAUUUAGAAGUCGAAAUUCCCGGCUACAACGUUUUUAGAGUAGACCGUCAAAAUAAAAGAGGCGGCGGUGUGUGUUCUUAUGCGAAGCAGAGCUUCAAAACUCAAGUGCUUAAUGAAAUCUCUGGCAUAUCAAAUGGCGGGCUACACCAACUUUGGAUGGAAAUUAAGGUACGCAGUUUUAAGUCCUUUGUGGUCUGCACAACCUAUCGACCUCCUGGAUCUCCAAUUGCUUGCCUUGACAACGACUUAGGACCAAGCCUAAUCUCUGCAUUGCUACUAAAUAAACCAAUUUACAUACUUGGAGAUAUAAAUUGCAACCUAUUACAGUCCGACCUGCCUGAUUCCCAAGCACUUAUAAGCUUCUGUUCUACCUACAACUUGAAUCAGAUAGUCACUCAACCUACUCGUAUUACUCACUCCACCGAAUCCUUAAUCGAUGUAAUUCUUGUGUCAAAUGCAAAACAUGUUCUCGACACCAAAGUGYUAUCUUCAUCGAUAAGCGACCAUGACCUUGUUUACGCUGAGCUGGGUUUAAAAAAGCCGCGCACUCAAGCCACCUUUGUCACUACGAGGACCCUUAAAGAGUAUUCUCCGGAUAAAUUCUUGAAUGACAUUGCACUCGCACCCUGGUCAGUCCUAGAUGUUUUCGACGAUCCUGAUGACAAAUUGUACGCUUUUAACUCAAUGUUUAAURACAUCCUAGAGGAACACGCGCUAGUGAAAACAAUUCGCAUGCGAGGACGACCAAAUCCCUACAUUACUGAUGAGAUUCGCAAUUUGAUGGCAACAAGAGAUAAUUGGAAGCGUAAUUUCAGGCAAACUAAAGACCCAUUUGCCUGGUCUGCGUAUAAGAAUUUUAGCCGCGAGGUUAAAAGAGAAAUACGUAUGGCGGAGAAAGAGUUUGUGGCACAACAAAUUAAAGAAAACAAGAACAACACUAACAGCAUGUGGAAAGCAAUUCGUGGUUGCAUCCCCAAAAAGUCUGCCUCUCAGAAAACAUAUUCAAAGGACAACGAAAUCGUAGCCAACGAAAUUAAUAUUUUCUUUGCAAAUGUCGGCACAAAUACAAUUGAGAAAGUUAACGCCUUGGGCAGAGCAAUUCAAGGGUGAAUCCAACAACAGCACGUUUGUCCCUCGAGGGUAUUCCGAAC